AUGACGAAGGCGGCAACAAUGCGUGCGCUGACGAGGUCGGCGUCGAGGCUCGUGCGGUCUCGUGCGGCGGGCCGGCACCGCGGGACGACCAGCGACGCGGUGGCGACGCAUCGUCCGCCACCGAGAGUGCAGCGUCCAGGAACAGUGAGGCGAACACGACGUUGGACGACGCGAUUUCUGGGGACACGGCCGGGGACUGUGACGACCUUGAAGCAGCGGUCUGGAAGCCCCGGGAAUGACGACGAUGCGGCGACUGUCAAUAAAAGGAAGAAGACGAGGAAUGCUAGGAGGAAACGGAAGAAAACGGAACACAGGGACACGAAACUCACACCAGACGAAUCGGAGUCUGGCACCGACGUGGUCCGCGCUCGUGACCUUGAAAGGGACAAGGCUGCCCUUGAAGCUGAGGUAGAUCGUCCCAAGCACGAGCACGACAUCUACAAAGCCAGGGCAACCAUCAUAAUUAACGAAAAGGACCGCCACAUUUCUCAUCUAAUGACAAGGUCUGCACUCUGGAGAAACAGCUCGAACAGCAGCUUCGAGGCCAAGACAUCCUGGAGCGACAAAAUCCACACCCUUGAAGCUCAGAUCUUCAACCUGAACCGAAAAGUGACCGAGGACUCGCUGGAGUACAGUCGCAUGGAGAGGCUGCUUGCAGAUGCUCAGCAGCGCUUCAAGGAUCAGCAGCAGCAGUGUGCCAAGUUCGAAGGGCAAUUGCUGGAGCGGGACACUCAACUGGCAAACAUGCGGCACAGCCACCAAGAACAGCUCCAGCGGCAACGCGCACUCCAGGACUCCCAGCUUGAUGAGCUACGGAUGCAAGCGGCUGAUCUCCGUGCGCAGCUCACCCAGGCCCAGCAGGACCGCGACCGAGAGGCAAGUGCAGCGCGGACCUUAAUUGUGGAACUCAGCCAGAAGGAGGCAGAGUGCAAGAAGAACCAGGAGCAGAUCCAGGGGCUCAAGCAGGGCCAGAGGACUUUGUUGGCACAGGUCUCCGAGCUACAGGCGCAGCUUAGUCUGGCGUCGGACUCUGAGACAAUCCUCAAGCACGGUCUGAAGAGGAGUGAAGCUGUACUAGAGACCAUGCAGGAAGAGCUUGCAAAGCUGAAGCAGGUGCUUGCCUCGGCUGAGAUCGAGAACAAGCGGCUGAUUGAGGAGCUUGAGGCAAGACAGCAGCAAGCGGAUAAAGAACAAUUCAAGCUGAAAGCGGUGACGCAGCUGCUGGAAUCCCGGGAGAGGACGGCAGAACAGGUGGAUCCGCUCGAGGAGGAACCUGCAGCCCAAGCGAGCAACUGCGCCAGCGUGUCUGACCUCAGCGCAACAUCUGCGAGGGAGACGCGAGCGCCGGAGGUAUAUGCAGUCGGAGCUUCGUUGGGGACGUCACGCUUCCGUGGCUGCUGA